AUGGUCUCCCAUUCCGAUAACCACCACUCUCCACCACCCGACCUACCCCAUUUCGUUCCUCCUCCGCCUACCUCCGCCAACCACAAUCUUAGGAAAUCCGCUGCUGGCGGGCCGUCCGCCAGAGAUCGCCAUGCCAAAAUCAACGGCUGCGGCCGCCGUGUCAGGAUACCGGCGCUCGCCGCCGCCCGUAUCUUCCAGCUGACCCGAGAACUCGGCAAUCGGUCUGACGGCGACACCGUCGAGUGGCUCCUCCGCCAGGCCGAGCCCUCAAUUAUCGCCGCCACCGGCACUGGCAUCGUUCCCGAGGAAUCCGUCUCCAAUUCCUCCCGCGCCGCCGCCACCACCACCACCGCCGUCACGUACCCGCCGAUUGCAGCUCCGAUCUCGGUAGCACUGCCGCCUCCGGAACCAAACUGCAGGUUAGACCUGUUUCAGCCCCAGCCUCAGCCGUCAAAUCCAGCAAUGGCGUUAGAUUUCUCCUUGAAUGGGUACCACCAGACGCCGCCGUUCAUGGCGUUGCUACUGCAACCGGCGACGGCGGACACCGAGGUUGACAGUUAUCGCCGAGCAGCUGAAGACUACCAAUAG